UGGACACACAAGCAGGAAUAUCUCAGAAGGACAUCUAAUGUUAUCCCCGGAUUGUGACAUAAAAGAUAAUGACAGUAGACAGGAUUCUCCAGGAGCUAAUCCCAUCACCCCAAUUAUACAUCCAGCUCUAUCAGCUGAUCCCUCUGAUCCUGGGAAAUGUUCUCCUGAUCACUCUGAUAUUGGUGCAUCUGUUCCAGCUCUGACAGUAGAUAUAGAGUUUCCCUGUUCUAUAGAUGCAAAAUGUUUUACACAGAACACAAAGCCUAUUAACCCACACACAGGUAAGGCAGGUGGAAGGCCACUGAUAUGUUCUGAGUGUGGGAAAUGUUUUACAUACAAAUCAGAUCUUGUUAUACAUCAGAGAAGUCACACAGGUGAGAAGCCAUUUCCAUGUUCUGAGUGUGGAAAAUGUUUUGCAAGCAAAUCAGAUCUUAUUAAACAUCAGAGAAGUCAUACAGGUGAGAAGCCAUUUUCAUGUUCUGAGUGUGGGAAAUGUUUUACACGGAAAUCAUAUCUUGUUACACAUCAGCGAACUCACACAGGUGAGAAGCCAUUUCUUUGCUCUGAGUGUGGGAAAGGUUUUGCAAACAAAUCAGAUCUUGUUAAACAUCAGAGAAGUCACACAGGUGAGAAGCCAUUUCCAUGUUCUGAGUGUGGGAAAUGUUUUACACGGAAAUCAUAUCUUGGUACACACCAGCAAACUCACACAGGUGAGAAGCCAUUUCUAUGCUCUGAGUGUGGGAAAUGUUUUGCAAACAAAUCAAAUCUUGUUAUACAUCACAGAAGUCACACAGGUGAGAACCCAUUUCCAUGUUCUGAGUGUGGGAAAUGUUUUACACAGAAAUCAUAUCUUGAUACACAUCAGCGAACUCACACAGGUGAGAACCCAUUUCCAUGUUCUGAGUGUGGGAAAGGUUUUGCACACAAAUCACAUCUUGUUAAACACCAGAGAAGUCACACAGGUGAGAAGCCAUUUUCUUGCUCUGAGUGUGGGAAAUGUUAUACACAAAAAUCACAUCUUGUUAGACAUCAGCGAACUCACACAGGUGAGAGGCCAUUUCCAUACUCUGAGAAAUAAAUCAGCUCUUGUUGCACACAAUAGACAUCACUCAGUUGAGGAACCAUUUUAAUCUUCUGGAGUAUACUCAUCAUUGCCAUGUGUUGUUCUUCAAGGUUCUUAUCCUAUCUCCUAUGCUUUUUGCAAU